CAGAGCGCUCCUCUCCACACAGCAUUUCCUCUUCAACAGAGCGACCAGGGGCUUCGUUUGCUCAGCAAAGUUGAGUCAACACGCCGGGAAACGCACUGCCUGGAUUCAUGUGGCACCUCCACACUCGCAGUCCUCUUUUUCUGCGGCGCCGGGGGACUUUUAAUUAUUAUUGGCUGCACUAGAAACCCGUUUUGCUUUGGGAAAUGUGUUGGUAGACACUAAUAGCUGAGUUGCAACCAUUAAACGCCCAGUCAUUAAGUACCUGCGGAUCUACUGCAGGGAGUUUCUUUUUUUUUUUUUUAUCAGCAAGGAUACGGCAGAGAACCUUAAACAAAAAGGAUCUUCACAGAAGUGAACAAUGCUCAGACUAGAGACCAUCAUUUGCACUUUUUCUGUGCUGUCUGUUGCAGCAAGAGCAGAUUUUAAGGCACGGAACUGCAGCGAUGUGAGGGAAGCUUGUAUCGGGAAAGGCUUCAGCUUCGCACAUGUUCCUCUUCAGGAGAUCCCAGGUGAACACCUUCGAGUAUGUCCUCAGGGAAACACAUGUUGCACCCAGGAAAUGGAGGACAAAUUUGGCCAACAGAGCAAACAGGACUUUGAGAAUCUGGUUGAUGAAAUAAGUCAUGAGUUGAGAAGCACCUUUGUUUCCAGACACAAAAGAUUUGAUGAAUUCUUCCUGGAGCUAUUGGAGAACACAGAGAGGUCCCUUAAUGAGAUGUUUGUGAGGACUUACGGCAAGCCUUACAUGCAAAACUCAGAGGUCUUUGAGAACCUGUUUGCAGAGCUGAAGCGCUAUUAUACAGGAGGAAAUGUUAACCUGGAGGAAAUGCUAAAUGACUUUUGGUCGCGGCUGCUGGAGCGUAUGUUCACACUGCUAAACUCCCAGUACGUCAUCACUGAGGACUAUCUGGAGUGUAUCAGUAAGUACACAGACGAGCUCAAGCCCUUUGGAGACGUGCCCAGGAAGCUCAAGGCUCAGGUUACCCGGGCAUUCAUCGCCGCACGCACAUUUGUCCAAGGGCUCUCUGUUGGCCGGGAGGUGGCCCAGAGAGUGUCUAAGGUAAGCAGCAGUCCAGCAUGUAUUCGAGCCCUGACCAAGAUGCUGUACUGCCCCUUUUGUCAGGGCAUGCCAGCAGUUAAACCCUGUAAAAACUACUGCCUGAAUGUCGUGAAGGGCUGUUUGGCCAAUCAAGCUGAUCUGGAUCCUGAGUGGAACCUGUACAUUGAUGCCAUGCUGCUGGUGGCACAGAGGCUGGAGGGACCUUUCAACAUUGAAUCUGUCAUGGAGCCUAUUGAUGUCAAGAUUUCAGAAGCCAUCAUGAAUAUGCAAGACAACAGUGCCCAGGUCUCCUACAGGGUUUUUCAAGGCUGUGGCCAGCCUAAACCCGCAGGAAUGACUAGGUCUACACGUGGUGUUUCGGAUGUGUUCAACGCUCGCUUCAGGCCGUACAGCCCAGAGGAGCGGCCUACCACUGCAGCUGGCACAAGCCUAGACAGACUGAGGAUUGUUUGGAAUGUGAUGCAACACAGUGUGGUUGACAUAAAAGAGAAACUAAAGCUGUCAAAGAAAUUUUGGUCCAACCUGCCUGAGGCGAUGUGCAUGGAGGACAGAGUGACCGCUGGAAAUGCCAGUGAUGACGAGUGCUGGAAUGGACACACCAAGGGCAGGUACUUCCCUGAAGUUCAAAAGGAUGGACUGACCAACCAGUUGAAUAACCCUGAGGUGGGUGUGGACAUCACCCGCCCAGACACUUUCAUCCGCCAGCAGAUCAUGGCUCUGAGGGUGAUGACCAACAAGUUGAAAAAUGCCUACAAUGGCAAUGAUAUCUACUUUCAAGACUCAAGCGAUGAAGGCAGCGGCUCAGGCAGUGGCAGCGGCUGCACAGAGGUCUGCCCCACAGACAUGGACGCCGUGGGUGCUGCCACCGAAGCCCCGGUGGUGGAAGCUGACCGGAGGGGGCCUGUGGAUGACUCUGCCCCGCUCCAUGCACCCUCUGUUGCCCUGCCAACCAUGCUGGCCCUCUCAGCCCUGGCACUCCACCGACAAUGGAGAUAAUGCUGGAGGAACCGGCUAAACAUGGACAGCAGGGUUUUUUUCUUUUUCUUUUUUGCAGUUUUUGUAUUCAGGCAGAUUGGAGCUACAGUCAAGCAGACAGUAUUUAGGCUGCCAGCCUGGAGGCUAGAGGAGUCUGCUCUGAAAAAGAGAGCAGUCAUGCAUCGUGAUUUCCCACUUUCCCAAAGAUCGUGCAGUGCCAACCUUAGACUUGAUAUUUUAUGGCAUCACUUCACCAUCUAACAUGCCGACAAACUCUGUUUCAGAGAUUCCUUGCACAUAUGGCAGGUAUUAAUGUAGGUCUCCAUGUGGAAAAAUAUAACACGCACUUUGAUUGUUUUGUUUCUUUUAAUGCAAAAAUUGUUUGUUUUGAAAAAUGUUGAGAAUGUGGUUGUUUGAUGCACCUGAAAGAGGAACAAUAAGUUCAACAUGUGUUUAACAUUAUAUUUUGAAACAAAUACAAAGGAUAAUGACAGAAAAUUCAGGAACAUAUGGUUUCCACCUACAAUUUUAAUUGAAUCCUUGUUUCAUAGCCAUUAUAUCAUGUGCCAAUUAUUGAUUUAUGAUGAGAAGCGAUUGAAUAUUCAUCAAAGUCAUCAUAAAUCCGUGUUUGUUUUUAGAUCAUGUUGCUUCAUCUUAUGUUUUACGGUAAUUUCAACCAUGACGUUUAACGAGAUUGUCGGUUAAGUAUAUAAUUGGUUGGUCAUGUAUCUGCUCUGGUCAACGUCCGCCUUGUGCUAAAACUCACACUUUGUUUAAAGAGAUAAGAUUGACAUUUUUAUAUACUCAUUUGCCUUGCAACAAAUUUACUAUCUGCAAAAUAUUCUAAUAUCAUGCUGGUUUCUCAAGCUUGCGCUUUAGGAAUAGACAGCCGGGACAGAAUUUAUAUGGAGAAUUUAUUGACACAGAAGGUGCCACCAAUAUACAGUAAUACCAUAAUGAUGCUGGUUCUGUAGUGUUGUAGGGUGCAUGUCCUGGUGUGUAAUUAAUGAUUUAAUGUCAGAGGGCUAAAUUAAAAUCCUCACUUAUAGAUAAUGAUUGAUCGAUAAUACAUUUAUUAUUUUUACCAGUAGGGCUUCAUGUCCCCAUUAAGUGAGUAGUCACACAGCUUCCACCUAACCACUUUAUAGCAUCAGUGACCUGCAUGCAAAGCCAUUUAAUAAAGAGAUUUUAAAAAAUUAACAAUUUUUAAAAUAUAUUAAUAAUGUUCUUAAACAUACUCUGCUGACAUUAUAAAGCCUUAUAAAGGCACAGUGAUUAAAAAUCAUGUAUAUGUGUGAAUGGACAUUGCUGUAUGAAAAGCACACCCAUUCAAUACAGAAUCACCAUCACAGACGAGAGUAUUUUGCUGCUGUAAUCUUUAUAUUCAUUUACAGUACUUGGGGCCUAUAACAUUUGCUUCUGCAUCCUCAAAAUCGUCUACACGUAUUACAUGUGAAUUCUGGAUUUGCAUAUACAGAAACAAAAAAAAGGUGCCACUUUUGCAUAUGUGAUUGAAUAGCAAAAGCUUAUCCUGUAACAGCUUUUACAGUUUGGAUAAAAUAGCCAAAUGCAUUGUGGUGUUUAUAAAGCUACAAAACUGAAAUACUGUCAGACAGUAGUCAAAAGUGUUGCUAUUAUUCCAAAUAUAUUACCACCUUUGUUUAAAAGGUGAGUGAAUUAUUAAGAGAAGACGUAGCAAACAGCACACGGUGCUUACUGGAAAUGCAAAGAAAGGGGCCCUAAAUGUAUCUGUAAAGCUUGAAUGGUUAUGUCUGCAGCACAGACUGGCUGGAAGCCGACCACAGUCACCUGUGAAAUGAGAAUCUGUGGAGACCGGACAGGCCUGAAUGCUUCAGUGAAGCUCCUCAGUAGAGCGUACUUACAGAGAAUGUGAGAGGCCUGGCACUGCUGAGGGGGGUGGACAAAACCAGCCUGUAUGUACGUCCACACUGUUCUCUGAGAGCCCGUCAGCUCCAUAACCACCAGGCCAGCUAAGCUUACAUAUCCAAGGAAUUAACCAGUGUUAUGCCCUUUCUUCGCAGUAUACAGUGAAUAUUUGUUGAGCUUUUCUUUAUUGCAUUUAAGUCAGUGUUUGCAUCCACAUUGCAAGAACAAAAAUACAGAAAAAAUAUGUCAAAUGCGUCAUUUAAAAGGAUUCUUUAUUAUGAAUAUUCAUUUUACAGGAUGCCCUUUUUAUGUUUUGUAUCAUUGAACUUUUAAUGGUAAUAUUUUUGCAAUAAAAUAUUAAAAAUGGAUGUCAGACAAAUUAUCUGAAAAAUAGAAUUAGCAUGAAAUGCUGAGUCUUUUUUUUUUUUUUUUUUUACAAUCAAUGCAUUUCUGUAUGAAGUAAAAUCCUAAUGAGGUGAAGUGUGUUUGAAAUUUCAAA